CAUGCAGGUCUAACAGAUGUGAUUCAAACACAGCAGACUGUGAUGGUAAAAGUUGGAGAAGAUGUUGAUCUCAGCUGUCAGCUCAUGCAGACUAAAGAUGUUCUUCAGGUCACCUGGCAGAAAGAUUUACCUGAGGGGAAGAGGAAUAUCGCCAGCUACAACAAAUACUUUGGACAAACAGUGAAUGAUGGUUUUAAGGGUAAACUGGAGUUUAAACAUGCUGGACUGGAGAACUGCGCCAUAGUUAUCAGGAAGGUGACGGAGCAGGAUGAAGGCUGCUAUCUCUGUUUGUUUAACAUGUAUCCUGAUGGUUCUCUGACAGGAAGAACCUGCCUCCAUCUCUAUGAGCUGCAUGAACCCAUUCUACAAAUCAGAGAAUCAAACUCUGGUGAAGAGACAGUUGUGUCCUGCUCGGCCACAGUAACUCUGAAUGUCCCACAACAAGACCUCUACUUCUCUAACAGCAGCACAGUCAGUGUCACCAACACCAACGCUACAGUUACUGUCACCACUACAGCUGUGCUGUCUGGUUUCCAUGGAAACGACACACAGGUUGGAUGUGCAGUACGACUGAUCUCAGUGCAUGAAAUUCAGGUGUUUAAGACGAUUCCUGCAGUCAAUCGAUCAUCUGGUGAUGAUCACACUUUAAUUGGUGCAUCGGUCACAGCAGCGGUCAUUGUUUGUGCUGCUGUAGUCACUGUCAUCAUUUUCCUGCUCAAACAUAAACAUAAGAACAGACUGUCACACAGGGACGCUAAGGAGAUCAAGACACCACAAAAAACAAUGACAGACACUUUUAGAUCCCGAACACCUUUAAUGGAGAAGGAGAACCAGGAGAUAAGGAAAUGGUCAUCUGAGAAGAAAACGCCAGAAGUGGAGAAACGAGAAUUUCAAGACAUAGCU